ACCCAAAAUGUCGUUCAAUAUCUUUUUCGACUAAACACGUUUAAAUAGCAUGAAUUUUUCAUAAAAAUAUGGCAAAUUUUCGAAGGCCUGAGUAUUCUGGUCCGGCUUACCUGUUUUAUAAUGAAAAAGAAUCCCGUAAAUAUACGAACAAUUCACGAAUGAUACAAAUACAAUCAGAAAUGAGUGAACGAGCUAUUGAACUCCUAGCUAUCCCAGAGAAUGAUAAAUAUUUUAUUUUGGAUUUAGGUUGUGGUUCAGGUUUGAGUGGAAAUUGUAUUUCAGAAGCAGACCACAUGUGGAUAGGAAUGGAUAUAAGCACAUCUAUGUUAGAUAUUGCCAUUGAAAGAGAAGUGGAGGGAGAUUUAAUACUAUCAGAUUUAGGCCAAGGUAUUCCCUUUAGACCUGGUUCAUUUGAUGCUGCUAUAAGCAUAUCCGCCUUACAAUGGUUGUGCUCUGCUGACAAUAGACAACAAUCGAUACCUAAAAGACUAUACAAAUUCUUUGUCACUUUGUAUUCUUCAUUGAGACGUAAUGCACGAGCCAUUUUUCAAAUUUAUCCUGACUGUGAUGCACAGAUAGAGUUAAUAACGAAACAAGCUAUGCGAGCCGGUUUUACAGGUGGAUUAGUUAUCGAUUUCCCUAAUAGCUCUAAGGCCAAAAAGAUAUAUUUAUGCCUUUUUGCUGGGAUUAAUUUAAACUUUACGCUACCCAAACCAAAACUCGUAAACGAAAAAAUUUAUAAAAAGCUUCAAAAUAUUGAUAGCGAUUCCGAUGAAAUGAUGUCUGAAGAUAAUGAAAAUACAUCUAUGGAGGAUGAAGAGAAUGCUAGCGAUAAUUUUGAUAAUGACGAGGAUAUUGAGAAAGGGCCUCAAACAAUAAAUAAAAAUGCUUCACAAAUUCAAAAUUCGUCAAAAUCAUCAAAAUGCUACCUCAGUAAUAAACGCAAAUCAAAAAACGUUCUUAAAUCAAAAAAGGGAAGAAAAUGGAUUAUGCAAAAAAAAGAAACCUGGAAAAGAAGAGGAAAAAAAGUAGCGCAUGAUUCAAAAUACACAGGCCGAAAAAGAAAAAUGAAAUUUUAAAUUUGAAAAAAUUGAUGCAUAUGAAGGAAAUAAAUGAAUUGUUCUCAAGAAAACAAAAUUUUUACAAUGUUUUAAUUUUUUAA